GAUCCACGACUGGAGGAAGCUCCUUAGAGAAAGAUUAUCUCUGAAGACAUUAAAUGACGUCGUCAAUCUUGCUAACGGUUUUGUUCUUUGCUGUGUCACGAAGCGAGAAUGCAACAAGUCCUGAAGAAAAGCUUCCAGAGCCUGCAAGUUUUUCAAUACCUCACUAUUAUCCCCAAUCUCCAUGGCAACCAACGUUGCCAUGGCAACCGACUCGGAAUGCGUUCUCUUUGAAUGGGGACCCAAAAUAUAGCUCCAAUCCUAACGGGUCAAUCCAUCCUGGAAGCUCACAAGAAACCAUCGGGUCAGACCUGAAAGCGCUAUCGUCGAGUAGAAGAUCCAAAGUUAGGGAAAAUGAUGGGAGAGGAAGAGAAUGGCGAAAAGGUUCGGGAGACAACGCCCGCAGACGAGUCGGUGAGUCACACGUGAUCUCAGAAUCAGGUGGAAACCAGAGGCCCAGUGAGAACGACGAUCCAUUCCGAACCGCUCACUUCUCUGUGCGCCCACUGAGUAUGUCUCCAUUAGAAAAACAGCGUCUGGAAAGUGAAAAAUUUCGCGAUUCUGGAAGCGUUCCGACCGACCAUCGGCCCUUAGCCCCCGAUGGGCAGGCCCAAAACUACGAAAGAUAUCCCCCACACGCCUCCCAAGACCCAACUCGAGGCGACACGCCAUCCCAAACCUACCGAAGUCGCUAUCCCUCAGAUUUCGGCGCCGGGUUCCAUUCCGGUCCCGGAAUCUCUCAAGGUUAUGGCCAAAACUUCGGCCCCGGCUACAACGGCCGUCAGAACGGCGGCUUUGGCUACAACGGCGGCUACGGCAGCAGCAGCUACAGCGUUUACAACCAGGGAUACAGCGGCUCGUACAACACAGCACCUUCGUCAGGAAUCCGAGGCUGGUAUGACCGCUUCCUCAGCGGCAUGUCAGGAGGAUAUGGCGAUCAAGAGGAAUGUGACUGCGUGGCUUACAACCUCCUUGGUCUGGGGGCUGCGGCGGCAACUUCAGCAGCGCUGGCGGCCAUCUUCCUCUUCGCCAACCUCACCAACGUCGGCCGGUCGCUGGAGGAGGAGUGGUCCCUCGGUGUCGAGCUCCUCGACCUAACUGCGUUCCUCGCCGAGCCGUUGGGUCACCUAUCGCGAGGAGAGCGGGUCAUAUGGGACGGUAGUGACCCGAGGUCAGCGUUCGGCCGGGUGCUGCAUCAGCUGCCGGAGGGAAUGAUGCAGAGGUCGCUUCUGGAUCUCGCCGGAAGAAUAAAGCCUCACGCAUUGGCCGAUACAGCUGUGAGAGCAGUCUGCUAUGGUUCAGGUUACAGACGUAAAAGACGAAGCGAAAACGGGACCUCAACAAUUACAGGAAGAUUUCUGGAUAAAAUUGGAAUCGGCGCAAGAGAUGGUUACGCCAGCUCGGGAGGCAGCUGCGACUGUUUUGCGGGCAUUGUUGGUGCCUUGGCCGGGUUCGCAGCAUUGGGAGCACUGGUGGCCUUCGCCAUCGCUACAGCUACCACUACCACCACGACUACAGCAGCCCCGGCAGCCGGCGGAGGCAGGGCGCUGAUGCCGCCAGACGGAGGAGGCAUGGUGGACCCCUUGACGUCCAGCUUUGUGCAGAGGAUGCUGCUCCUGCUGACUGAGGAGCAGGAGUGCCUACCUCACCAACUUUGUGUCCUAUCCAGAGACGCCCGCGAGGCGGGAGAUCCGUACUCUACGCUGGUGCAGCUUGGAAGUUUGCCGCUUUCGUGGUUUUUGACAAAAACCACCGGCGGCAACAUGCCCGAGUACUGCAGUGGUCUGAUGACGUCACAGGUUCGAGGCCAGUGUCUGCACACACAGGAAAGAUGCCAAUCCUAGCUACUAACAACAGGACGCCGAAUGGAAAGGGCUGUGACUUCUAAGAUGGGAGAAAUCCGUGGCGAAUCAACAGCUUUGCCAAUGACCAAAUGGAAUAGCGAUCACAGUGCAAUGCUUUCGGCAUUUGAAGCCAUAACUCUACGAAUGACGCGACAGCUUGAACAGUUACCAGUCGCGACAUCCGACAUCUUUAUUGUGGCGCCGGCGAGGUUGACCAAUGGCCACCAGCCAACAAGUUGUAAAAGGAGCCUGGCCUCAGCUCGACAAAUGUGAUGGCAUUCCUUCCGGGAGACUGGAACAAUGUUCAACAUGCGUAUUGUGAACUGUUUUGGGGAAACCUAAAAACAGGACUUUGCUGAUGUGAUCCUCGACUGAACAAAGGAAGCCACAGCCAGCGGCGAAAGAGCAUCGAUCUAACAAUAAUGAGGCGUUAAUGAAGGAUCACGACCACUUGAGUGAAUGAUAGUUUAUCUGGGUAACGAUGUAUCUAUAUCUAGUGAAUUAAAAAUGAACGACCAGAGGCAUUUAAGAUAAAGGCAUUAAACAGGCAGAUGCAUUUUAAGCCAGGGAGUUGGGUGCGCGAUACGUUAACAGUUUCCUUCGCCCUACGUGCGUAUUGGACGUUCCGGGUACGUACUACGUAGUGACCACUGUCGAGUGUUUUGACCUGCUUGGAUGUCCCCAAAGGCAUUUUAUUGUCAAUAUAUAUUCCAUAGACAAAACCUU